GUUUUUUUUACAUCGUUCACAAUAGUAAAUUUCCGGACGACGGCCGCUAAAAUAGCUGAAUAGACAACACUGGUAACUGAACGCAGUUCGACCGCGUGUAGAUUUUAGCAUGAAGUCGGCCGCUACCACAGGCAUACUCAAUCCAACAGAUACUUUCAAUUCGCCAGAUACUUUCGUUGUGAACGGUCGUGCUUCUGUCGGAGAAGUUUAAAAGGAACCGAGAAAAUUUAAAAAUCGAAAAUUAUAUUCUAACUAGUGUAAGAUUGUGCCAAAGCUCAUAUAUGUACGACACUAUCGUUUAAAGUGCAAAUGAUAGGCAUCACAAUAUAUUAUACGUGAGAUGUCAAACAGUGUCUAUUGAUAUCAAAUUAGUCUUUGCAAAUAAAUUAAUAAUAUUUACUGCAAAGCAUUGUUUAAAACCGAGUUGUACCAAUUUUGGAUUACGCGCUUCCUCAUUAUUGCCAUUGCGACUAUGGCGAAUACCCACCCAGAAAAACUCUUUAUGCAUCUAAACGCAUUGGAAUUAGCAGCUAUUAUUAUGAAAGAUUCACCCAAUUCCAACGACCGUGAUGCGGGUUUUUGUUCCGCAAGUUCGGAAAGCGAAGGCGGUGAGGACCUGGCGCACGAGCACGCGCUCAGUGGCAGUCCCGACAUUGGAUCAAAAGGAACAGACAACUCGGCGGACUCUAAGCCAAUAGCACUUACACGUAACAAACGGAAGAGUACGGAACCCUCAAAAGUGGUUGGCUUGCCUACAACCACCUCUAGUUCGUUGCCUGGCCCUUCGUGCAAUGCGAGUAUGAAUGCUACGGGUCCGUUGAAAAAACGUAUACGCUAUACCUCUUCUGCUGAUUCGGCGGUAGUGCUGUCACCUCCGGUCAUAGACUCUCCACCACCCAACAGUUAUUUGCCUUCCACGUUAGGCUCGGUGCAGGAAAUUAUGCCGAAUCCGGCUCACAUAUUUGUCCGGCAUCCAGGGGUAACUACUCUUCACAGACCGUUUCUAGCCCAUCCAGAACAGCUAGAACCACUUGCACUAGUGAGCAAAAAGAAUCAAAGCGUCGAUAAUACUGCUUUAAAAACUGAGAUUUUUGCAACUUUGAAUGGAAAACAGCAAUCUGCCAGAAAGGUGUUGCAAAAAAAGACGCCAAAUGUAUCAACGUCAUCUACAGUGUUGGACGUCAGUCUUAGCGAUGAAGAUCUAUGCAAGGCGGGAUUAGCACUUGAAAUGUCUAUAUCGCGACCUCAACAACAUCAACGCAAUUACAAAAAUAUGACGAGGGAGCGGCGGAUCGAGGCAAACGCUCGUGAGCGGACCCGGGUCCACACAAUAUCCGCCGCCUACGAGACGCUCCGUCAAGCCGUUCCAGCUUACGCCAGUACACAAAAACUCUCUAAACUCUCCGUGCUUCGAGUGGCCUGUUCCUAUAUACUGACGUUAAGCAGAAUGGCUGGCGAGGACUAUAGUGCUGAUCAAUCGGAGCCAUCCAUUGCAGAGUGCUUGGAAGCCGUAACGUCAACCAUUCAGACAGAAGGAAAGGUGAAACGGAAGAAGGACGAGUGAUCUGUCCAGUUUAGUCGAUAGACACAUGUUAAGACUAUUAAUGCGACUGAUUACAGCUACUGUUACUAAUCAUCAAGUUUGCUUAAGCUAAGGAUAAUCCUGCAUACAGCAUUCCUACUGUUAAAAAUAGUUGAGUCCACAAGUGGCCAUAUAGCUUUAAAAGUUUUCAAGGCUUUGUUUAUUUAUACAAACUGGAUAAGAUUUAUGUGGAUAAAAGGGGAAACCAUUAAUGUGCGAAAUAUACUUUUUAGUAUGCAUUCAUAUUUAAUGAACCAUAUUUUGAUAUUUUUAAAAAAUAAGUACCAGCAGGUACAGAAAAUAGUCAACACCAACAAAUUGAAAAGACAAGACAUCGUAAUCGUUAUCUUAAAACUUUAAAUGACAAUAAUGUUAUCAAGAUUUUUGUUUUAAACAGGACUCCUAUUUUUAUGAUUUAAAACACUAAACAAAUUUAAAAUUAUAAGAGGAACUUUUGCCAAAAUGGGUACAUUUUACUAUACCUUUUAGACAAUUUAGGAUUUAUUAUGAAUAAAAUUAUGUAUUUUUACAGAUACCUCUAAACUAAGCACCUUCUUGGAAAACUAUACAAUGUUUUUGACAAGCAAUAAACUACGUUUUUUAUAUAUGUGAGUUAUGCGAUCAACUAGAUUACUUUAUUUGCAAAUGGAUAGCGGAAAUUAAAAAAAAUAAUGUUUAUGAAUAUUUUCAUGCUGUCGUAAAGAAGCUGUAGUUUGGUUUAUCCACCAAACUAAAUUUAAAAACCUCAAAUAUUUCAUUCUGUGUAUACUUAUUUAAGUCCAAUUAUCUUAAACUCCCAAUUUGUAAUCUCAUUGUUUUAUAUACAUACAUGGGGUGGUAAAAAAAACUUACUUUCACCGGUUUUAUUAUUGUAGAUUUUGGUGUGCAAUAAAUGUUAUUGAAAUUAUAUUUUAAGCUUUAGGCGUUACAUAAUGGGUUUAAACUUUCAGCAACAGAUCGUAUGAGUGAUAAACUUUCAAGGCAAUUCGCGGAGCUUAAACGCAUUUCUUCUAACAAAUGCCUUAAUUGCACUAAUGCACAUAGUAAAGCCCGUGAGAGUAGGGUUUUAAAAUAUUUAUACAAAUUAGACUGUCCCAAUGUAGAUAUUCAUACGCAUAAGUGCCAUAGAAUAGGAAAAUAUAAAAAUCUGACUGUCAAGGAAAUUUAAUAUUUUUUUCGGGUUGUGUUGUAAAUUGUUCGCGAAAGUCCGUAUGGGGUUGACGAUGAUCCAUUAGUCACUCUGGUACGAGUGCACUGACGAUUGCAAGCAAGCACAAACACCAAAUGGAGGUGACGAUGCUAAGGAGUAAUUUAUGUCUAUACGUUAAAUAAUCUUAUCGUUUGCAACAAGCUAUUUGGUGGUAUUAUAAACUCAACAGGUGCGCACAGAACGGCGGGCGAUCAAUCCGAGUACAUCUGAACGCAUCUACGUUAUUAUAAAUGCGUUUUGGCACACCACAGACCCCUUAUCAGGUUCAGAAAUAUGUUUGUCAGCUUAUCAAGCAGGCGCAAAGUUUACCGAUAUCACAGUUAGUACAUGCGCACCCAUGACGUAUUUAGAAACAACACAGCUUGGUUACCUAUGCAAAUGAAUAAUAAAGUGCCUGAAUCUAGUUGACCCAGUGCAAUAUCCAGCACAAAUUACAUCAGCUUAAAAUCCGAUAGAAAACAGGUUACCUUCAGCAGUUUCUGAUCAGCAUAUAAUAACUAAAGCAUAGGCGUUAUUCAACAAAAGUCAGGUGGUUAAGCUUGCACUGGCUUUUAUUUCAGUAUACCCAAAUCACCAUGUUCGUUGUUCUUAAACCUAUUUAAGCAAAGUUUUAUAUAUACAGUAUUAUAACAGUUGAACAGAUUUUUUACCAAUCAUUUAAUCAAUGAACCGUCUUACUCAGCUGUUCAACAUUAAUAAGAAACAGGGUGGCCCUCGAAAAGCUUGCGUCCUAAAAUGGCUUAAUG